AUGUCUAACUUAGUCGCAAAAAUCGUAACUUUUUUGUUGGAAGAACCUUUGGAUGCAGUUUGUUCCGCAUCUGUCGUUUAUUUGGCGAUGGAUAAUAACACCUUGGGUUCAUAUAAUGAUGUUAAAGACUUAGCAGAGUGUGCAGUGAAUUCAGCAUUAGGAGAAUUAAAUGAUUCAGAUUCUGUUCGAAAAGAAAGAGUAUCGGAGAUUUUGCCACAGGUUAGUUAUAUGGAUCAAAUUUCCACUGGCUAUGCUUGCAAUGAUGAGACUACAGCGUAUUUUACCGAGUCGUUUAGGUUAAAAGCAAUGAAGGUAUUGAAGAAAGCGAAAGAACCGGCCGUUGAUCACGCUCAAGAAAAGAUAGAACAAAAUCUGAGAGCGUUGCAAUCGAAACUUGGCUCUCCACAAGUAUCAAACUCGGAUACAUCUCUCUAUAAUGCUCUCAAGAAAAACUUGAAUGGUGUCGAUUCUUCCGGACUUACAUGGCAGGAUCCGUUGGCAAGUAUGGUUCUCAGUGAUGAUUCAACUUUGGUGGAGAAUUUGAAACCAAGACAGAAACGCACUUUCAUGGAACCAUGUGAGAAUAUGAAAUGUGAUAUCCCUGCAUCUGUUAACGACAAGUGCGAAGAUUUUGCGAAUAACUUUAAUAAAAAUGUCAUCCCAGAUGAACUUAGAAAUAUCACACACAAUUCAUUAUGGGUAGAAAGCGAAAUUGAGCUAGGGAAAAGAGUGGGACAUAUACUGGGCGUAAUUGGAGAAGUGUUGAAUAAUCCGGCAUUUGCAACUAGUAUGGCACGCAAUGAACAAAGCGAGGGGACUUACGUUACGGAUGUGAUAGUACCAUUACUUCGAGCCACUCUGGGAGGUCUCCCAAAUGGUAGUAUUUGCUUGAGCACUGCAGAACGCCAAAGUGUGGCAAGUAAGACUCGCAGAAGUCUCGGAGCGAAUGAGAGGCGAAUUGGAAAAAAGCCUGAUAUUAUGUCAUUGGUGGGGCAUGUAGAGAAAACUUUCGAAAUUGCAUACGUCGAGUGUUCCAGAGUUGUCUGCACUAAUUCAAAAAAAGUAGAUGAUCGUGUAAAACUAUGGAGAGAAACGUUGGAUGGGGUGGGCUUUGUUGCUGAAUCGUGUAGACCAACAAGUAACCAAUUCGGUAUCGUGGGGAUCCAAGUUGCAGGUAAGGAUAUAUAUCUGAAUGUUCUGGUAAAAGAUGCGAGUGGGAUUCCAAGAUACUUCCAUCUCGAUCACGCGGAAAUCCCUCUAACAAUGGACACUCUAUGGCGGGUGAAACCUCUUAUACGUUUAUUAUUGAGACUUCGGGUAAGGUGUAUUGAUUUUGUCUUUGAUAUGGAUUCUUAG